AUGGCAGAUUCAACUCCACUUCUUCUCUCUCGAUCAGACUCUUCAAAUGAGUCAAAACAACCUCCCUCCCUAGAUGAAACCAUCGAACAUUGCAUUGGAGAAUUUGGGCUUGGCCAACUCCUCCAAGCCAUCCUUGUGUCAUUUGCAUGGGUGUUUGAUGCACAACAAACAUUCAUUAGUGUUUUCACUGAUGCCCAGCCAACGUGGCACUACACAAGUACUCAUUCAUGUACUUCAGUCUCCGACAUUUGCCAAAUUCCUCAAAAUUCAUGGGCUUGGGAUAGGCCUAAUGACACAUCAAUCAUAUCAGAAUGGGGACUUCAAUGUGCUACUUCAAUAAUCAAAGGCCUACCUGCAUCUUCAUUCUUCAUGGGGUGCCUUAUUGGAGGACUAAUUCUAGCCACACUUGCUGAUUCCUUCCUUGGUCGCAAGAAUCUGCUAUUUCUAUCAUGUAUAAUGAUGUCUUUAUCUGGAUUACUCACUGUCUUCGCCAACAAUAUAUGGAUCUACUCAGCCUUGAAAUUUGUCAACGGUUUCGGUCGUGCAACAAUUGGAACAUGUGCCCUUGUGUUAUCAACUGAGCUUGUAGGGAAACGUUGGCGAGGUCAGGUAGGAGUUAUCGGUUUCUUUUGUUUCACGUUAGGGUUUUUAACGUUACCGGCUUUUGCAUAUAUAAACAGAGGUUCCUCUUGGAGAAAUCUUUAUCUGUGGACUUCUAUACCAACAAUUUUCUACUGCAUAUUAGUUCAUUUCUUGGUUCGAGAGUCUCCAAGAUGGCUUUUCGUUCGUGGACGUAAACAAGAAGCUGUGUCGAUACUGAAGAGUAUCGCAACGGCUAAGAGUAGUGGCGUACUAAUGAGCUUCUCAAAUUUGGAAUUCGGGCAAGAGUCAUGGAAUGUUGAUACUUAUUCAGCAAUCAAGAUUCUCUUGAAGAAAAAGUGGGCUUGUAGAAGACUAGUGACUGUUAUGGCAGUGGCAUUUGGUAUUGGAUUGGUGUAUUACGGCAUGCCAUUAGGCCUUGGAAAUUUGUCAUUCAAUCUCUACUUGAGUGUCACAUUUAAUGCCUUGUCAGAGCUACCAUCCUCAUUAGUGACAUUCUUCCUCGUGGACAAACUAAAUAGAAAAGAUUCCCUGCUGGUGUUCACUGCUCUAAGUGGGGUAUGUAGCAUAUUUUCUGUUGUGAUGGGCGAGACAUCUGCAAAUUUACAAAUGGGACUGGAGCUAGUAUCUUUUUUUAGUGCAUGCACAGCAUUCAACGUUUCGUUAAUAUACACACUGGAGUUAUUCCCUACAUGUGUGAGGAAUUCGGCAAUAUCAAUGGCUAGACAAUCUCUUGUAUUUGGGGGUAUGUUCAGUCCAUUAUUAGUGGCUGCUGGAAGUAAAAAUGGGUUUAUGUCUUAUGGGAUAUUUGGGUUGGUGAUUGGGCUCUGUGGGUUGUUUGUGAUAUGCUUGCCAGAGACGAGAGGUAAAACACUUUGUGACACCAUGGACGAAGAAGAGUACAAAGAAAGAUCUACCUGUAUUGGGGCGACUCGCAUCUAG